AUGCUGACCCUAUUCCUGACCAUCCUGCUCAGCCUGACGGCCACUCUGCAGGCCCAAGACCCUUGGUUCAUUGCCUUGGAGGAGCAGAAUGUCACAGGGACCUGGUACAUAACAGCUAUAGUAAUUGACAGUGACCUGCCCUGGGAAAAAGUGCCCAAGAAGGUAUCUCCUCUGACGUUGACUGCCCUGACAAAUGGGGACCUGGAGACCUCAUUCACCUUCAUGAAGAAUGACCGGUGCUAUGAGAAGAGAAUCAUUUUAGAGAAACAGGGAGAGACUGGCCAAUACAGUGCUUUUGGGGGCAAGAAGCACAUAGAAAUCCACGAGCUGCCAAAGAAGGACUAUUACAUCAUUUACUGUGAAAGUAAUUGCAAUGGGAAAACUUGGCGCAUGGCAAAACUCGUUGGGAAGAACCCAGACAUGAACGUGGAAGCCAUGGAAGAAUUUCACAAUUUUACUCAGCAGAAAGGGUUCUUGCAGAAGAACAUCUUCACUCCUGCCCAAACAGACAGCCCUACAGUCUCACCUUCAGACCAUACCAGUGCCCAUGCCAUGCCACUCAUCGACCUCAAGGACCUUCGGUAA